AUGCCAGCGGUGGAGUUUACCAACGUCGAAUGCAUUGAACUCGACAAAUCUUACACUACCUUCCCGCUUUGCCGUAUAAAGGCUGUUAAUCGCACUUAUAAAUACCUAACACUGCGUGCUAAAUUUACAAGAAAUGAGCCAGUUUACAAUAUUUCGAUGUCCUUCGCCUUGCUACGAAAAGCUAAUGGCUAUAAACCUUUUUUGUAUAAUUUCACCGUCGACGCAUGCAAAUAUAUGAAGAAACGCAAUAAUCCUGUUGUUAAUUACUUUCACAGCUGGUUCGAGAAAUAUUCGACCAUAAAUAGAAGUUGCCCAUAUGGACCGCAAGAUGAAAUCGUUGAUAAACUACCACUGGGUCACAUCAAUCACAUGGCAACCGAAGUACUGCCAGUGCCAACGGGAGAAUAUAUGUUUCACACCACAUGGAUGUUCUAUCAAAUAAAAGUAGCUUUUGUUAAGGCAUUUUUUCGAAUUUUAUAAACUAUAGUUAAUCGAAAGUGCA